GAGCCUACUCCUGGCGCCUGUCAGUCACGCCCUUGACGCUGACCUGGGCACGUUCGAACGCAACAAUUGGGCGGUGCUGGUUGAGACCUCCAAGUAUUGGUACAACUAUCGCCAUGCUGCAAAUACCUUGUCCUUCUAUCACACGGUGAAGCGCUUGGGCAUUCCCGACUCGCAGAUCAUUUUGAUGAUGGCGGAGGACGUGCCUUGCAACUCCAGAAAUGCCAAGCCCGGAACGGUCUUCAAUGAGAAGCAGCACAAGCUGAAUCUCUAUGGGACCGAGGUGGAGGUGGACUAUCGUGGUGAUGAAGUCUCUGUAGAAAACUUCUUGAGACUUCUCACAGGUCGCCAUCCUCCCAGCACGCCUCGCAACAAGCGCUUGUUGACCGAUGCCUCAAGCAACAUUUUCAUUUUCAUCACCGGGCAUUCGGGCGAAGAGUUCAUCAAGUUCCAGGACUGGGAAGAGCUGACUUCCACGGAUAUUGCAGAUGCCUUCAAGCAGAUGCAGCAGCAGCGGCGCUAUAAGCAGAUCUUCUGGGUGAGCGACACAUGUCAAGCUGCCACGCUGCAAAACCAGUUCUACUCUCCCGGCGUCCUUGCCAUUGGCAGCAGCGGUAAGAAGGAGAACAGCUACAGCCACCACAUCGACCACGAGAUCGGUGUCGCAGUGAUCGAUCGCUUCACUUUCCAUGCACUGGACAAGUUAGAGCGGCUGUCGCCCUCGUCUCCGGAAACGGUGCAAUCCUUCACUAGCUGGUUCAAUCCUCUGCAGCUGAAGGCUCAUCCCGAGCUCCGGUCCGAUCUCUUCGACCGAAGCCCCAGCUCCACGUUGUUGACGGAGUUUCUGGCGGCCACCGGAAGGUUGCAACACAUUGUCUGGUUCUGCGGUGGCUUGACACCGGUUGCCCUUGGACGCUGGAAUGUUGUAGGAGACUCCGAUCCCACUGCUUACGAUCAAUGGGAGCAAUGGCAAGAUCAAGGAACCUAUCCAACUCACCAGCAUCAUGGACAAUGGCCCAAAUCACCCAGAAAGAAAGGAAAAGGCAAAGGCAAGGGCAAAAGCCCGAGACGGAAGCAGAAGCAUGCAGAGAAGGCAGAUACACCACGUCAGAAUGGGGACGAACAAAGUACCAUUCUGAGACCGCCUCCUGCUCCACCAGCCUCAGGCACAUCGUGGAUGCAGGCGGCCCAGCAAAUGCCCACACAGGGAGCACCGUCAGCAUCAGCUGCAGCAGUGCCCGCUGCCGCCAUCCCUCCGGAAUACAAGGCUCUGAUCGACUCGCUCAAGCGCAAUCAGAGCAAAGGGACCCUUCCAGAAGACGUUCAACAAGAAAUGAAGUCUCUGAAGGUGAAAGAGGAGAAGGAACAAACCAAAGAGAUGUUCCAGGCGGUGAAGAGCCUAAGCAGGGCCCGCAGAGAAUUGCGAGAAGCGCACGAUGCAAGAUCCCAGCUGCACUCACAGUGGCGCAUAUUCUUGUCACUGAGUGUCUCGCAAUGGCAGGAGUUCACCUGUCAGUUCCAGAGCCAGGAAGCUGCUGCAAUGCGUCAGAUUGGGGAAGCACAAUCAGCAUUGGCAGAAGCCAAGGCGAUGUUCGAGGACAGCAAGGUGACAGCAGUGGCCAGUGGUGUUGGGGAAGACGAUGUGGAAUUAGUCUCCGAGGAGGAAUCCAACAGGGCAGACAGCAGCGCUAUGAAACUCCAGGAUGGGUUGCGCCAUAUGACUACCUCCCUGAAGGACCUCUCGGCUGCAGCAGAGACAAUUGUUGCAGAAGAGCAGACUCACAAGAAGCAGAGAGUGGAAGGGCCCGAAGAGGCCACCCACACGCAUGGGGCUGGCCAAUUGCAGCCUUUUGCGGUGCCCGGCGCCAAGCGACCUUCGAGUGCGGGAUCCAUCGUUCCGGACAGAAUGGCAAGCUCAGACAGACGCUUUGUCAAUGACCGCCAGUCUGCCAUCAUGUUCCAUUUGAGAGACAAUCCCAUUCAUGCCAUGCUUAAUUGGGUUGACUUUGGUAUCAUGAUGCACGAGAUUGCUUACCAUUAUGGAAUGGAUCGAGAAGAUGUGAUCGAAUGCCACGAAGUGCGUGUGAAACAUGGGGACUACUUGAAAAUCAAGAUUCCCCCACCACGCCUGAACACAGUGUGCACAGCCGAUGCCCUUGAAGACAGUAGGCAGAUGACUGUCGCUGAUUUCUGGACUAAUUACUACGUGCCUUCCAGUCCUGAACCAAGCAGCUCUGAUGAAGGCGUUUCGCCAAGUCUAAUUUCCUCAUCUGAGAUUCGUGAACUGUAUGGCCGGGCCAUGUCAGACGAUGAAUCCGAUCACAGCUCAUUCAUGCAGAGACCAGUUGCUGAACCUGCACCGGCAGUUACCACUGGGUUCGUUGGUACCUUUCAAGCCUCACUGGAAGCCAACAGUACUUGUGUUCUGCACUUUGACCCAGAUAACGCCUUGGUUUGGCCAUUAUGGUAUCGGAAUAUUGUCGCAGUUUUCACUGAACAUGCACGUGUUGAACAUCAGGAGGAAGGAGCAGUAGGAUACAAGUUGAUUGACCCACUGAUUCCUGGGGAAGGUUUGAAGAUUGUUGUUCCUCCACCGGGUGGCCGAUCGGAUUUGGAUCUUGUUUUGCGAUCACAAGAAGUUGCGCUCCUUGACACGGGGCCUGCACUUGAAAUGGAUCCAGGUUUGUCUCUGCGCAUGGAAGAUCAACUUCCCUUUGUCCAGGAACUCCACAGCCGUUGGAGCAUUGAAGCCAGGAAUGUGCAAGGCACACCCGAAAGAUUUUUGGAAGUCACCACUUGGUAUCUGGAUGCCCUUGAAGUGCCUUACAACGACCAAUCCCGACCUGUGUUGUUAGGUGAGGACUAUUACAAUUGGGCCAAUGAUCUCAGACGUGUCUGGCACGAUCUGGAAGAUGCUAGUGCGGAAAUUGAGUUUGCACUGGUCUCACCGACGCCUGCCUCUAGUCCCUUGUCUAGUAUCCACAUUCUCCUACAUCAGCACAUUCCGAGUGAUGGAAGAGGAGCGGUGAUUACCACUUAUGACAAUGCCUAUAGGGGGGGUCAGCCAUUCACGGCAGCCGGUGUUGUUUCCACUACAUCUCGCGCUUCAGAUAUUGUGGCUGCUGCACGCAGAUCUGCGGACAUUGCUGUUGUUGGAGUCCAUUGCAGCGUUUGGUAUGAAGGGCUGGAGAUCACAGGCAACAGUGAGCUAGGGGACGUGCAUGGUUCCUAUCAAGCGGAAACAUUUGCGGCAAAUUUGGCUGUCAAACUUUUGUAUGACAUUUGCAAGAUCCUCAAGGAAGUCUAUGACUGUGCGUCAUUUGUACGAGCUAUGGAAUGGGCCUGGUUCCUCUUCACGAAUGGAUCCUUGAAACGUUUCAUCAGCAUGGUGUUCAUGUCUUUGGUUUGCAAGAAACACGGCUUAGAUGUGUACUUUUCUGAUGACAUGUACAAGAUCAUCGCUGCGCUUCCCAGGCCCACCAUCACGGACCUGGAGGCACAUGGAGACAUCGUGAUGGGCAGUGGAAAAGGAUUGCCAAACCUGCUGCGGAUGAGUUUGUUGCAUCACAAGUCUGUCUAUGAGUUUGAUUGUCUGUUGAGUCAUCAAGAUCGAGCAGUUGCAGUGGCAUUGCAUCGUUUUCGAAGACUUGGGCGCAAAGUUUCAGCAUGCAUUCGUGCGGAUGAUGCAGCUUUCUUCACCUCUCUGGCCAGCUCAGUUUCUGAAGUUUUAGAGCCGCAUCAAAUACGGGACUUUUGGAAGGUCAUCAGACGGAGCCUUCCUAAGUUCAAACAAAGACGGCUUGGUCAAGAUCCCAACCGAUUGGAAAUUUUGCAGCAUCAAUGGGUUCCAUAUUUCCAACAGCUUGAAUGUGGAGAGGAAUGUUCAGCAGAAGAGCUUGUUCUGGAAUGCCACCACAGACAAAUGGCCAUGCCGAUUGCUCAACCGGAGUUUCAAUGCAGUGAACUGCCCUCUCUGAUUGAGUUUGAAGAUGCCCUGCGAGCUACCCAAGCUGACAGAGCUACAGGACUGGACCCAUUGCCAUCCAGGCUUUUUAGCCAACAGGUCGUUGCGCUUGCUAAGCUGUAUUUUCCUCUCAUGCUGAAAAUUUGUUUGUGGCAACAUGAACCGAUUUCUGCUAAAGGCGGGGUCAUGGCAGUUUUGUACAAGCGAGGAUCAGGUUUGGCAGCCUCGGAUUAUCGAGGAAUCAUGUUGUUGCCCACAGUGGCCAAGAGAAUCCAUUCUCUGCUUCGCAAAAGGCUGAUGUUUUUACUUGCUAGGCAGAAGCCUCAAGGUCAGCUGGGGGGCUUUCCACGGAUGGAAGUGCCGUAUGGUUCACAGCUUUUACGUACCUUUGGGCAUGUCAUGGAUGCUAUGGGCAUUUCUUCUGCGAUUCUCUUUGUGGAUUUGAGCGAUGCAUUCCAUAAGCUAGUGCGAGAGCUGGUCUCGGGAGUUCAUGUCCCACAGGAUGUGGAAGCAGUCUUGGAACAGCUUCUUCACGAAGGCAUCCCAGUUGAAGAUCUGAUGGAUCUUUUGCAAUUGCCGAAUUUGCUGCAGCGGCUUGGUGCACCACCUUUUCUUCAGCAACUCAUUCAGGACCUCCACACACAUACAUGGAUGCAAGUUUCCGGUAGUGAUAAGCCGAUUAUCACCCGGAAAGGGACACGGCCAGGUUCCCCUCUAGCGGAUUGCAUUUUUCACAUUUUGAUGGCAGAUGUGACAGGAGAAAUCAAUCAAGUUCUACACGAGAAUGUGGAAUUUCGUGAUAUCCUUGCCAGGGCUGAUGUUCACGUUGAAAGUAUUGUUUGGGCCGACGACAUAGCCCUGCCCAUUGCAGCUGAGACAGCCAGUGGAUUAGUUGCAGCCAUUGAGCAGACAUUUUUGCAGGUUCAUGCCAUUUUUCAGCGCAGGGGUUUCACAUUCAAUAUGCAGAAGGGUAAAACCAGCGUAGUUGCGACUUUCAAAGGGGUUGGGGCACCGGCUAUGCGAGCGCGCUACCAGCUCAUUGACCAACCUGGUCUCUGGAUCCAGAUGCAGACAGAACGAGUUUUUGUCCAUUUCAUGUCUUGCUACAAGCAUUUAGGGACCAUGUUUUGCUCGGAUCAUGCACUUGCCCAAGAAAUUGCCAUGCGUAUAGGCACGGCAAAGAGUGCAUUUGCGCAGGUUGCAAAGCCGAUUCUGUGUAACCGCCAUAUUCCUGAGCAUACCCGUGUUAGGUUGUUUCGAUCUCUCAUCGAAAGCCGCCUUUUCUUUGGAUUAGGAUCGUGGAACACGCCUCCUGCACGGCAAAUGGCCAAACUGCAAGCUGUUUUACUUUCCAUGUUGAGGAAGCUUUUCCGCAUGUCCGCAGAAGAAAUUGCUACCACCACUGCGAAUGCCAUCUUCCAAAGAGCCUGUAUCUGCUCUCCAAGGGCGAGACUUGCAAUGGACCGUCUUUUAUAUGCGCAGAGGCUUUGGGAGUGCGGACCAGAGAUGUUAUUGCAUGCGUUGCAUAGGGAGGAAGCAUUCACUCGAGAUUCCUGGCUCCAGGGGCUGAAGCAUGAUUUGCAGUGGUUGUGUGGCCUUGAGGUGGUUGGCGUCCCUGCAUUGCAAAAGUUGCUUCAAGUUGAGGAUCCCUCCAACUUUGACCUUACUGAGCUCUUUGAUUUCUGGCAGUCAGGAUCAAGUGCAUGGAAGGCAUGUGUGAAGCGAGCAUGGAAAAGAUUUCAUCGUCAAGAGUCCAUGAUGGAAGAAAUUCAUCAAAUGCACAAAACCUUUUUCAAAACUCUCAAACUUGCAGGUGCUACCUUUGAGCCUGAUCCAUUUGGGGUGAUGACAGCAAGUGAACAUGCUCAUGUCUGCCCAUGUGGUAGAGCUUUCACCACAGCACAAGGUUUAGCAUGCCACCGCCGGAAACAACAUGGUGAAUACACGCAAGAGAGGCUUAUGAUAGCUGGUGAAACGUGUCCUGAAUGUCUGAAAUACUUUUGGACCAAACAGCGCUUAUUUCAGCACCUCUCGUAUGUUUCCAGAGUGACGAAAGUCAACAAGUGCUUCCAAGCACUGAAAAGACGUGGCUUCAAUAUUGAACCUGCCGUGGGAAACUACCACAAAUUCCCCAGUGGAGUCAAAGGACUCGCCAGAGUUGAGACCCUUCAAGCGCAUGGACCUUGUCAACCACUUAUUGAUAUCACGGACCAUCAAAGGGCCGACACAGCUGCGGAGAUUGCCAAUAUCGACGCUGAGCUGGACAUUGAUGUGGUGCCCUUUGAUUCAGAAGCAGCUAGGGAAAAGGUGCGUGCUUAUCUGACUAAGACCACUUUGGACUGGUUUGCUACUUUUUGUCAACAAGGGUUUGAUGAGGAUCUUGCAGCCGAACUGCCUGAUAGAUGGUUAGCGUGCCUUUUCCAAUUUGAGGAUGGUUUUGACUGCUGGAUUGAAGCUGAGAUUCUCCAUUGGGGGCAGCAUGACCUUGGAGAUAUUACGGACAGCCUUCGGGAUGGAGCGGCUGAACAUUUGAUUGAAGACGCAUUCACUGAAAUGGCAGCCGAAUUGCCUCGACAGCAGUUGCUUUACAGAAGAGCACAUUUAGUGGCGAAGCAAAAGCGCUUUGAAGAAGAGAAGGCUGAACCCUUUCCUCAUCGACCAGUGAAAUAUGGCUCUGCCAAUUCCCGUGAAAGAUUUCUCACGGCAGCACAAGUGCCAAACUUAUUUGAAGGUCAGGUUUCAUUUCUUCAACAUAUCCGACAAAUGAAGUGGUUGGACCUCCCUCAUGAAAAAGCAGUCCCUUUCCUCCUGCAGCCUAGUGCAACCAAGCUGUUUGUGAUCGCGCAUCUUUUCAGCGGUAGGAGGCGAACAGGGGACGUCCACGAACGGCUCCAUUUCUGGGCUGAGCGCCUUGGUUUACAUAUCUUGGUGCUGUCGCUGGACACUGCCAACUCCAUUGAGUAUGGGAAUUUGCACCACCACUCAGUCACGUGGGGCAAGCUCCUACAGCUCUACCAGGGAGGCCACAUUUCAGCCACCCUCACGGGCUCCCCGUGUGAAACGUGGUCGGCUGCUCGCCACCACACUCCGAAUUUGACAGAGGAUGGACCACCACCUACACACAGGUUACCAAGACCCCUGCGUGAUGCAAACCGCUUGCUUGGCCGGCAAGGGCUCACACCACGAGAGCAGCGGCAAUUGCAACAAGGUACAUUGUUUUUCAUGCAGAGCUUGAUUACAAUGGCGUGGACAUUGGUGACAGGUGCCAUAUACCUCAGCGAGCACCCGGCGAUUCCAAUCCUGGAAGAAGCUGCGAGUGUGUGGAAAACGCCUUGGGUUCAAUUACUUUGUGCUCACCCGGAAGUGAUGCUGCACACAGUUGGGCAAUGGCGUUGGGGAUGCACCGUAGCUAAGCCAACAGGGCUACUUGCAAUUAGACUCCCGCAGUUCCGAAGCUCUAUGUAUAGUCGCCAAGACCCCCAUGCACGAUAUCCUGCGGAGCAGGCAAUCGGUGUUGGUGAGGAUGGACGUUUUCGUACUAGUGCUCAUAAGGAAUACCCGGAGCUGUUUUGCAAUGCCUUGGCAGGCACAAUCAUGGAUGAAAUUGGCCGAAGGAUGGCCGCUGGCCGCUGCUGUGGUUGCAGCGAACUUAAUUCAGAAGUUUUGGCGUGGCUGAGAGAGGCCAGCGCAGAGUGCGCGAAGGUGCGUACGACCAGUUGGCUACCAGACUAUCAGGGUGGUUAA